CCCGAACCUCAGACCUACAGCACCCUGGGAGCCAGGGCUCCUGCAUCCUCUCUUCUGGUGAAGAUGUGCAGCCAGGCGAGGAGCCCAUCAAGUAUGGCGAACUCAUCGUCCUGGGAUGCUGUGAGGAAGGAGGUCUAGUGCACUUUCACUAAAGCCACAGCUGAUUUUCAUGCUACAGAUGAGAAAACAGGCCAGAAGAGAGGAAGUGAUAAGUCAUGUGAUAAAUGGACAAGCCAGGAUUUCAGCUGGGCCCUUCUGAGCCCCAGCCUGCGUCCUGAACUGCCCCACCCCAUAUGUGGAAGGAGCUUACAAGGACUAAAGGCCAGACUCCUCAGCCUGGUUUUCUGGGCCCUUCCACGGACCUCAUCUUCUCCUGUUGCACUUCACCACACGAGUCACCAUGCCCUGAUCUCAUCAAGCUCUGCCAGCCUCAGGGCCAUUGCUUACGAUGAGCCUUACCUCCAAAAGGGCUUCUGCAGGAGAGGCUGGAGUCAGACAGACCCGAGUUCAAAUCUAGACUUUUUCACUUAUUAGCCUGGGACCUCGAGCAAGUCAUUUUACCUCCCUGAGCCUCAAUUUUCCUCAUUUGUAAAAUGGGAAGAAAGACACUUGCUUGGCAGGACAUUGCGCAGGUUCCAUUAGGUAAUUAAUGAAGCACCAGGAACAUGGGCGGCUCCAGUACAUGGCAGCAAUCAAGUCUGUGACUCACCCCAUCCUUGCUUUCCACAUCAUUCCCUCUGGACAAGAGCUGGAAAGGAAGCUACAAUGGUUGUCUAUCAAGUGGGGACAAGGGCCGCCGGCGAAGCCGCCUGGCACUGAACCGCAGGCCACAUGCCAACGGAGUGAAGCCAGACGUCAUGCACCAUAUCUCCACGCCUCUCGUCUCCAAGGCACUGAGUAACCGGGGCCAGCACAGCAUCUCGUACACACUGUCCCGGAGCCAUUCGGUCAUAGUCGAAUACACACAUGACAGUGACACAGACAUGUUCCAGAUCGGCCGCUCCACAGAGAACAUGAUCGACUUUGUGGUAACAGACACGUCUCCUGGAGGAGGGGUGGCCGAGGGCCCCUCUCCCCAGAGCACCAUCUCCCGCUAUGCCUGCCGCAUCCUGUGCGACCGCCGGCCGCCCUAUAUUGCCCGCAUCUAUGCCGCCGGCUUCGAUGCCUCCAGCAACAUCUUCCUUGGAGAGCGGGCAGCCAAAUGGCGGACCCCCGAUGGCCUGAUGGACGGCUUAACCACCAAUGGGGUCCUGGUGAUGCACCCAGCGGGCGGCUUCUCUGAGGACUCGGCCCCAGGUGUCUGGCGGGAGAUCUCAGUCUGUGGGAACGUCUAUACUCUGAGGGACAGCCGCUCGGCACAGCAGCGGGGGAAGCUGGUGGAGAACGAGUCCAAUGUGCUGCAGGACGGCUCCCUCAUCGACCUGUGCGGGGCCACGCUGCUCUGGCGCACGCCGGCGGGGCUGCUGCGGGCACCCACGCUGAAGCAGCUGGAGGCCCAGCGGCAGGAAGCCAACGCCGCGCGGCCCCAGUGCCCCGUGGGCCUCAGCACCCUGGCCUUCCCCAGCCCCGCCCGGGGCCGCACGGCGCCUGACAAGCAGCAGCCUUGGGUCUACGUUCGUUGCGGCCAUGUCCACGGCUACCACGGCUGGGGCUGUCGGCAAGAGCGGGGUCCCCAGGAGCGCGAGUGUCCUCUCUGCCGUCUCGUGGGGCCCUAUGUGCCCCUGUGGCUCGGCCAGGAGGCCGGCCUCUGUCUGGACCCCGGACCGCCCAGCCACGCCUUUGCACCCUGCGGCCAUGUCUGCUCUGAGAAGACUGCCCGCUACUGGGCCCAGACGCCACUGCCCCAUGGCACGCACGCUUUCCAUGCCGCCUGUCCCUUCUGUGGGGCCUGGCUCACCGGCGAGCAUGGCUGUGUCCGCCUCAUUUUCCAGGGACCACUGGACUAGGCUCCCAGGACCCCCUGCUGCCUCGCCCACCUGCCCACCCAGGUCCCCCACCUCCUGCAGCCUAGAGGGAGCUCUGCAUGUGGGACUCUACCUGCUGGCACCUAGCCACACCGCGUGGACACAUCGGAUGGGCUGUGCCCCUCCCCUUUUAACCCAAAGGUGUUCCUGAGGCCCGUACUCCAGCCAGAAUGAUGGGGCCCUCAGCACCAGCUCUGUCCUGGCCUGAUGGAAGAAAGCCCACCCCCAUCCCUGGCCCCUCCUGGAGUGUCUCACAUCAUGCCGCCUACACUGUGCCGCUGGGGGAGUGAAAGGGCCCUGGGCCCCUGACCCCCAGUUUAGGCUGGCUGUGCCCGGAGCCUGCUGACCCAGCUUCAGCUAUUCCCCCUGCUGCUGCCGUGGGGUUCUGUAAACCUUGCUGCUCAGCUGCCCUCACCAACCCCCCGCGUCCCGCAUGUAUGCAGUGCCCCAGCCCCUGACGGAGUUCCAGGCGGGCGGCAGGCUGGGACCAGCAUCUGCUGAUACCACUGUGGUCUCAACUCCAUGCCAGGUGGGUUCUGGGGACACAAAGACAAUCAGGCCUGGUCCCUGUCUGGUGGAGUACACAGCCGAGUGGACGACAGACCGCAUUGCCGAAUGACAGCAUGGCUUCCUGUGUGCCCGGGUCCGAGAGUUACCAGAGGCUGCGGUGCGGGUCUCACCGGCAGGUGGAAAAGUGAGGGAGGGUCACAGGGGAGGUGGCAUAGGAGCUCAGGGAUCCCCCACAGGAAGGGGAGGGUGCCCUUGGCAGGAGGGAGAAGGAACACAGGCUCAGAGGUAAGGAAGCAGGAACUGAGUGGGGUUCAGAGUGGCUGGAGCAGGGGCUCCGGGAGGGCAGGAGGUUGGGGCUGUGCUGACAGGGAAGAUGCUAGAUGGAGGAUUCGGAACCUCAUUUGUGGACAGUCGGGAGCCGAGGGAGGAGAGAGUACUUGCAGUUCCAGAGCUUUGGCUGUGAUAUAAGGGCUACCCUUCCUGAAUGCCCACUUGUGCCCCGCACUGUGCUAAUGAUAAUAAUAACUAUGUUCAUUGAUCACUCA